CGUUUUUUUUUUUUAAAGUCACCUGGAUCUGCAUGUCUAGUAUGACACUCCCUACAAUUACUCACUUUCCAGCAUGCCUUGUGCCUUCCGGCCUACAAACAGAACCACAACCCUUCAGGGUGAAGCGAACAGCAAAGCCAACCAUAAAAUCAGCUGUAUGAAAAGCAAUUAUAUCUGCAGACCCACAAAGUGGGGGGGAACGGCCAUGUGAUAAAGUGGCAAAUGAAAAAACUGCAGAUAGGCGCCAUGGUAACGCGGCUCUCUCAGCGGCACAAACAAACGGCGCCGGAGCAGAAAUGGAGAGCGAUGGAAAAAAAAGCGAGGCGCAGGAGGAACAGUCUGGAGGCCAAAAAAAAAAAUCAAGUGUGAGAUCCUGUUCCCAGCUGUGCUUCACGUUCAUCUGGGAUCGCCCCCGGAUCAGAACCCGAGUGAGUGAUCAGGAGAAAGACCUGGAAGGAGAUGAGCAGAGUGGCCGGACGGGCUGCAGCCAAUCCCAGCUGACACUAGGCGAGAGGCGAGGGGCUCACCCUGGACAGGUCGCCAACGACAUACGGAGACCAACAACCAGUCUGUCUCACAUUACAUUCACUUACACAUCUUCACCUAUGUCUGCCAGACAGAGAGACACCAGAUUUUCGAUGUCGAUUGCAGAGGUACUUGCUAAGGGACAGGACGGCUUUUACGGCAACCGGCCUGUGAUAGCCUCGACUCCCCUCCGUGACCCAGUCCCCCUGCUGAGCGAGAGCCCAUUUCCACGAGUGAGACACGUCAUUAGCCCCGACGGCGGCGAUGGCUCUGCUCGUGCGCAUCGGACGAGAGCACGCCAGCGGGCGCGAUGGACCGCGCGUGUUGCGUUGUCUGACCUCCGCCGCGCCCGCGCGCCGAGCAGCAGCUACGCCUCCUUGUCUUCACCUCCUCUUCCGCAGACGCCCUUUCCCGGUGCCCUCUGCAGCAGACAAAAACAAAUGGGAUCCGGGGGACAGGCUGCCGCAGCCGUGAUAGACAAGAGAUUUAUAUGGAGGGAUGGAGUCGGGGAGAGUGAUGGAGUUGUCUACUGCAGAUCCCCGGGCCCCCACAUCUGUCCCGUUCUACUUGGCAGCACUCCUGAGCAAUUCAGCUGGGAGAGAGAGAUAUGCAGGUGUUUGUUUUUUUUCUUUUCUUCUCCGUCUCUCUCCCACAAACAGAUGCAUCAAGCUAAGCCGAGCCAAGCAGGCAGACGGACGGCUGCGUCAGACGCGCAAAGAGAGAAAUGUUUUGUUCGAGGCCCAAGCUGUGCGUUCUGGGAGAGAGAGACGUGCUUUCUGUUUAGCAUUUUUUUGGGGGGAGUUUCUCCGAAGCAGCAGACUGUGGCUUUGUUCUUCAACAAUGCUUCCUGCCCACUAGACGUGGAGGCUGCGACCCAGCGAGAUGCUCCUCGCCCGCGCUCCCUCCUCCAGCUGGGCUCCGGUGGGGAGUGGCGGAACGGCCUCAGACGCGGAGCAGCGUCCGUCAGCCGACUGUAA